UUCAAAGGGUUUAAUCGAGGCGAUGAGAGCUAGCGGAUGACCUCGCCGGCCAGCACUCUCCUCUGCCUGGGAUGAAUGGAGAGAUGGUCAUAGAGUUUAUAAAGGCACAAGCAGAGCGGACCACCCAGCAGUCAGAUUCAAACUCUAAUUCAUUCUGCAAGACGAGCCAUACGGCAGUGACAGGUCAUUUGAAAUGGCAGCAGUAGGAUAUGCACCCUCAAGCUUUGUUUUGGUGAUUGAAGUCUUUUUGGUGGUCAACAUGAUCACAGGUGCAAUCCUGAACGUCGCUCUUAUUCGCCUCAACCCAAAAAACCAUCGUCGCCUAAUCCAAGCCUGGGGAGUAUGCAACCUGCUCGCCCUGCUGAAAACACCUCUCCUGGUGGCCACCAUGCACGGCGGCCACUGGCCGGCCGGAGAUUUUCUUUGUCGCACCUAUAUGUCUGUAGCAAUUUUACAGCAGUGGACGUCACCCUGGCUCACGGCCUUUGCCUCGCUAAUGUUGAUCUUGAGAAGCCGCCCCCUGCACAAAGUGGCCGUCGGCCUCUGCACCAUUCUCUUGGCCUUGCCAAUGGUGCUUGUUUUUUGCACCACGGCUCAUUUGGAGACUGAGGAUUCGAGCAGGUGCUUCCUUCCACUAGGGACGCAGGACAUUGUGUGGACCACAUUGGCGCUUUUCUUAUCCUCAUUUUUCACGCCCGCAGCCACAGCCGCCUGCCUUCUUAUUGUGGCCACGCAUAAGCCACAAAUCAACGGUCGGAGAUGCGUUGCUGGUCUCGUUUUAACUUUGAUUAUAUUCUUCACCCCUCAUUGGGUAACCCAACUUGAUUUGAUGGAGCUAAAGCCUGUGAUGCCAAUCAAUGCAUUUCUGUUUGCUGCCUUAAUAUUGGAUUUUCACUCAGGAAUUGCAGUCCCACUCAUCUUUUUUCAAUUUGGACGCACGAAAUUAUUUAGUGAAAAGAAUUUGCGCCAGCUGGAAAUUGACUGAUGUCGCUGAACUUUCAUUUUUAUA